CUCAAUGGUGGUGGAGAUGUAGCAAUGCUGGAACUAACCGGACAGAACUUCACUCCAAAUUUGCGUGUCUGGUUUGGGGAUGUGGAAGCUGAAACGAUGUACAGAUGUGCGGAGAGCAUGCUGUGUGUCGUCCCAGAUAUCUCUGCCUUCCGGGAAGGAUGGCGGUGGGUCCGUCAGCCCGUCCAGGUUCCGGUCACGUUAGUGCGCAACGACGGCAUCAUUUACUCCACCAGCCUUACCUUCACCUACACCCCAGAGCCCGGCCCCCGACCGCACUGCAGUGCCGCCGGGGCCAUCCUCCGCGCCAACUCGAGCCUCCUGGCCGCCAGCGAAUCGAACACAAACAGUGAGGGGCUGUACACAAAUGUCAGCACAAACCCCAGUAGCGUCACAUCGUCCACAGCCACCGUGGUUUCCUAACCCACCGCUCUAUGUGCGGGAACUUCUUUUAAAACAAAAAACAAAAAAACCCCACACAACUUUUCAAGUGCUUCAAAGACUGAAACCGAACAACUUUCGUGGUUUCCCCAAGGGGGAAGGAGAAAGAAAAGAAAAAAAAGAGAAAAAAAUAAUACAACUCCCCCCCCCCUUUGUCGCCGUAUGAACUUUUAUCACCUACAAGUGCUGAUCUCAAUUCGAAGCCACAAUAAAAAUGAAAUGCGUUGGGGGGGGGGAGCAGCAACCCCCUUUAUGGAAAAAAAAUAUCUAUUUUUAGUUGUCUCUUCAAAAAUGGACACGCAACUGCAGUUAAACAAAAGUGGCUGAGAUUCAAAUUGAACUAGUAAAACAUGGACAAAACAUGGUUUUUAUGGACCAAGGAACACUUUAGUAGAGAAAAAGGUACAUUUUCACCAUGCCUUUUUGUAUCACAACAUAUAGUACGUUUUUGUUACCAAAUAGUUUAUAUAUUAUUAUUAUUAUUAUUAUU